CUUAGUGUUGUGUUUGAAUUUCCACAAUAUUAUACUUUCUACAAUUCUUCAUGCUUCUUCCCAUCAAUUUCAACCUAACCAAGCCCCUUUUCUACACUAGAAAAAAUCCAACACAACUCUCUAUAUAAACAUUUGAAAUUUAACAAACCCUAGCCCCUCGCCCAUCAAUUUUCUUUUCAUACCAAAAUGGCACCCAAUAGUGACACCACCUUUCUCCAAGGUUACACUAAGAGCAACAACAACAACAACGUCAUCCAGAAGCCUUCGAAGCUCUCGAUGGAAACCCUCCAACGCACAAUCUCAGACAUCUCGUUCGAGCUCAUGAGCCAGGAAGCCCUAACAGGCUCAGAGAAGGCUACUUUGCCCUUGCCCCCCAUCUCGGAGGUCGAGGACGCAAAGUGUGAGUGUUGUGGGAUGUCAGAGGAGUGCACCCCACAGUACGUGAAGAAAGUGCGCGGGACCUAUGGCCAGAUGAUAUGCGGGCUCUGCUCAGAGGCCGUGAAGGAGGAGAUGGAGAAAAACGGAGGGAAAAGGGAGGAGGCCAUGCGUGCGCAUGUGAGCGCAUGUGCUAGGUUUAACCGCCUAGGCAGAGCAUACCCAGUGCUCUGCCAGGCGGAGGCCAUGAGAGACAUUUUGAGGAAAAAUAGGGCAAAAUCACUUAGCCCUAGAGAUAAAGGAGGUGCGAAUCAAACGGUUAGAGGAGGAAUUGCUAGGAGUUCGAGCUGCAUACCUGCAAUUACUAAGGAGAUUAAUCAUCGCAACAAGGCGUAAAUUAAUUAAUAGUAUGUUAUUAAUCUUAAUUAAUGCUUGUUAGAUCUUGUCAAUAAUGUUUGUUUUUGUCGAUUAAUGCAUAUGUUUGAUUUGGUAGUGUAAUUUUCUGACUUUAUAAGUUGUUUUUUUUCUUUUCAAGUUUUGGAAAUAAUAAUAUAUAGGCGCUUUUGUCA